CGUUACUAAUACCCAACCUGCAUCCAUUACCCCUUCUCUCUCGGUCUAUUCUCUCUCAGUCAACAGCAGCAGAGUGCAUAUACAGACGAAGAGGACCAGCUUCACUCCGCCCUCCCGCACCAGCACUGGCCCAUACCUCCCACCCGCCAAGAGCUCCAUUCGCUCGUUCGUCUAAUACAGGAUACGCUAAAAAACCUCACCCAGCCAACAUAUAUCUGAAAAUGGACGUCGAAACAGCGUCUGUUCACUCGGAGACAGCAUCGGACUUUUCCGAAUACUCCCGAGCCUCUACUGCUCCCUCCACGGCAGUCUCUACAGCGGCCUCGUCCGCCACCACCCACUCCGCCCACCCGUUCACAUGUCUCGCAUGUCACGUCGCGUUCCGCACGGCAGAGAACCAGCGUGAGCACAUGCGUUCAGACUGGCACAGGUACAACCUCAAGCGGAAAGUAGCCGACAUCCCACCAGUCACAGCCGAGAACUUUGCGGCGAGGGUGCAACAGCAGCAACAGCAGCAGGCACUGCAGAACGCUGGAUCGAGGAAGGAGGGCGGGGGUGUUGGCGGGUUUGUCGCAGAAUGCGCGGCGUGCAAAAAGUCCUACUCGAAUGAGAACGGAUACACGAAUCACUUGAACUCAAAGAAACACAAAGAGACGCAGGCGAAAUUCGAUGCAAACGGCUCUGAACAUGUCGCACUCCCCACAACCGGCAAACGACCCGCCCCCGUCGUGUCCGGCCCCACCCCGCGCGCAUUGAUGCCCACACCCACCACCGCCUCCUCAUCCUCCUCCUCCGACCCAGCAGCGGCACCCGUUAGCUGGCGCCGCCAACUAGCCGACGCCGAAACACAAGCCGAAGUGCUCGCGAUCAUGGAACGCAAAGCCGCCGCAACCGAACGCCUAACCGAGCUCGACUGUCUCUUCUGCUCGCAACGCUGCCAAACUUUUGAAAACAACCUCGCCCACAUGGCCCGCGCCCACAGCUUCUUCAUUCCCGACAUGGAGUUCCUCGUCGACCUCAAAGGCCUGAUCGCCUACCUCGGCGAAAAGAUCGCCGUCGCCCACGUCUGUCUCUACUGCAACGGCAAGGGACGCGCAUACCACUCCCUCGAGGCCGUCCGCAAACACAUGCUCGACAAGGGUCACUGCAAGAUCCUGUACGAGGACGGAGCCGAGCUGGAGGUGGCCGAUUUCUACGAUUUCAGCUCCACCUACCCCGACGAAGUCGCUGAAGACGACGAAGACGACGACAACGCGGAAUGGGAAGACGUUGACGACGAGACCGACGAAACCACCCCGUCCUCCUCAUCCCGCGGCCGCGCAGCACGCCCUACCACCACAUCAGACUCCGACUCCGAUUCCGAGCUCGGCGACCUCACCUCCCACCCCCUCUCCAUCCACCUCACCCCCGACGAAACCCAACUCGUCCUCCCCUCGGGCCAACUCAUCGGGCACCGCUCCUACAACAAAUUCUGGAAACAGUCCCUCAAACCCCUCUCCUCGAAUAACGACUCGGUCGUCAUCAACCAGCUCAUGGGCCAGUACCGCCAGCUGGGCUACACGUCCACGCCGUAUGAGGUUGCCGUCGCACACCAUGAGCGCCGGAUGCAGGCCAAGAAGGCCAUGAGGAAGGAGCUGGAGUUCAAGGCGAGGACGGGCCAGAAACAUAACAAGCUGCAGAAGCAUUUCAGGUCCCAGAUUGGGUUCGGGGUAUGAAGGGAUUUUUUACCCCUCGACUCCCUC